CUGCUUCCUUCUUCUCCCUAGUCCCUAGGCCGCAGCCACACAAGGAAAUUAGGGUUAGGGUUUCGGAAACCUCGAGCGCGGAGGAGGAGCUAGUCGCCCAUGGAGGAGGUCACGGAAGGCGUCAACAAUCUCCACAUCACGGCUUCCGAUUCCUACAAGAAGAACCGGAUCCAGGUCUCCAACACCAAGAAACCGCUGUUCUUCUACGUCAACCUCGCUAAGAGAUACAUGCAGCAACAUAACGAAGUCGAGCUAUCAGCUCUGGGAAUGGCAAUUGCAACUGUUGUCACCAUUGCUGAGAUACUGAAAAACAAUGGACUUGCUGUUGAGAGAAAGAUCACUACAUCUACUGUUGAUAUCAAUGAUGAAUCUAGGGGCAGGCCUAUCCAAAAAGCCAAGAUUGAGAUAUUGUUGGGUAAGACGGAAAAUUUUGAUGAACUAAUGGCUGCUGCAGCCGAGGAGAGGGAGUUGGCAGAUGGCGAAGAACAAAGCUAAAACUGAAAAAGCUCUUGCUUUUUUUUUAAUGCAUGCUUGGUCGAUUUGUUUGUUUGUUACAUUUACAUUAUAAUAGCUGGUUUGUUAACUGGUUCGAAAUAUUACCACCACGGUUCUUGCAAAACUUUCAUGUGACUUUAAACCUUUGUAAUGUUUAAACAAGUUUUUAAGAUGUAGUUUAGGGGUUCUUUGAUUUCA